AUGUUGGAUUUACCAUCAAAUAGGAGAUUAGGAUUUACUAAAAAUGAAUUAAGAUUUGUGGUGAAAAAUCAAAAAUUAUUAUAAAAAGAUGUUUUCUUGUAAAUUUUAAAACAAGAAACUAUUCAAGUUAGUUAUGUCUAAUCUUUUAGUAGAUAACUAAAUAUAAUAUUUUAAGAAAAGCCAAAGCUCAAACUAAUUAGAAUUUAAACAUCUAUGUGUUAAAAAGGGAAUAGUGUUGUAAAAUUUAGUAAUUAAAAAAAUACAUGUUAAAUUUAACAAAAAAAAACUUAUAAUGAUAGAAACUAAGAGUUUAUGAGUUCCCGUUGACUCCUAUAUAAUUAGAAUAGCUAAAAAAUAAAAAUGGAAUAUAAACUAUAUUUAUAGUAUAUGGAUCUGAUAUAAAGGAUACCAAUAAUAUGUUGAAUGAGGAUGUGCAAAUUUUUAAAUAAAAGGGUGGUGUUCAAUUAGAAGAAAAUGUGGAAUUAAAAAUGUAUAUUUGGUUAAAAAAUUUAGCUUUUGCCCAGUGAAUUUUUGGAUUAAUUCAAUUAUAAGCUUGAGAGAAUUAAUAGCGUAAUAUGAAUUAUGCCUUAGCAUAAGUAAUCCAAAAAUAUACUUAUUAAUUUGA